AGGCACUGUAAAAAGAAAAAGUAUAGAACUUCCUUUUGUACAAGGGUCAGUAUACAAAAGAAGUUGUGAAAUCUGUUGGGUGUGGUGUUGGCUCACCUUUUUGUUGAAGACCGUGACACCUUCUGUCUGCACAAGUCAGCAGUAUGGGUCGGCUUGAUGGGAAGGUCAUACUACUGUCUGCAGCUGCACAGGGGAUUGGACAAGCAGCUGCUAUAGCUUUUGCUAAAGAAGGAGCCCAAGUCAUUGCUACAGACGUUAAUGAGUCUAAGCUGCAAGAACUGAAGAAAUAUCCAGGCAUUCAAGUACGGGUUCUGGAUGUCACCAAAAAGGAGCAGAUAGAGAAUCUGGCCAAGGAAAUGGAAAGGAUUGAUGUCCUCUGUAACAUUGCAGGCUUUGUUCAUCAUGGAACCAUUCUGGACUGUGAAGAGCAAGACUGGAACUUCACUAUGAACCUCAAUGUUCGCAGCAUGUAUCUAAUGAUCAAGACAUUCCUUCCUAAGAUGCUUAAACAGAAGUCUGGAAAUAUUAUUAACAUGUCUUCUGUGGCAUCCAGCAUUAAAGGAGUUGUGAACAGAUGUGUAUAUAGUACUUCCAAGGCAGCAGUUAUUGGCCUAACAAAGUCCGUGGCUGCGGAUUUCAUUGAACAAGGCAUCAGAUGCAACUGCAUAUGCCCUGGAACUGUUGACACACCAUCUUUACAGGAAAGGAUCCAAGCCAGACCUAACCCAGAACAGGCAUUGAAAGACUUUCUAGCCAGACAAAGGACGGGUAGGAUGGCUACUGCUGAAGAAGUGGCUCAUCUCUUUGUGUACUUGGCCUCUGAUGAAUCUGCCUAUGUGACUGGUAAUGAGCUAAUCAUCGAUGGAGGAUGGAGCUUGUGAUUGACACUGCCUGCAAAUGGAAAUUCACACUAUGAAAGCCAAAAACUGAGCAUCAUGUGCCUUAGUUAAUAUAGCUUGAAAAGAUUUACAUCACUUGCCUGAUGUAUCUCAAAACAAAUUUUGUACAUUCUUACUGCUGUAUGAUCUCUUUCUAGAUUGAUCUUACUGAUUCACUUUUCUCUAAACAAUGAAACACUCAAGUAAAAUACACUUCAUGUGCCUUCACUUUAUGGUAACUCCAAAUCAUGAAAAAAAGCCAUCUCACACUUUUCUCUGAAAAGGACUGUUUCCACAAGAGUUUGUGUUGAUAUUUUUACUGUGAUAGCAUAUGCUAGCCUUCAUUUAUGAAUCCAAAUCCUAUUAUCUUGAAGUCUCAUACUCUGGGGGGAAAAAAAAAAAACCAAACAUUGAUCCUGACCCAUAUCCAAGGCAAUGAGUAACCUAAAUUCCAAAACUAUUUGUUUUGCUGACACAGUUAAAUUUGACGUGAAUGACAUGGGCUGACUACCUGUAAAUAUGGUUACCUUAAAUUUCACACAGCUCCAUUAAGGUAGUUUGUCAAUGAAGCUGUACCCAAUUUCAUGUAUAUUCAUAUGCAUUCAAUACAUAUAUAUGAGGGGAGGAAUUAAAGAAUAAAUCACACAGUCUUAAGGGUUGGAAGGGACUUUGAAAGAUCAUCUAGUUAACCCCCACCCGCCAGAGCAGGACCACCUAGAGUAGGUCACAAAGGAACUCGUCCAGGUGGGUUUUGAAUGUCUUCAGAAAAGGAAACUCAACAACCCAUCUCGGCAGCCUGUUCCAGUUCUCUGUAAUCCUCAGUGAAGAAAUUCUUCCUUGUAUUUCUUUGGAACCUCUUGUGUUGCAGCUUAUAGCCGUUGCCCCUUAAAUGCUACCGAGUAUGCCCAGUAAUCAGAAAGCACAGGGAAAAGAUCUACAGUAUUUUGUUUCUGUACCAACUGCCAUGUUUUAAAAAUUAUCAAGCUUUUGAAUAUUAUCUGAAGCACUAAUAUAAAUUAUUUCUAGAUAACAAGAUAAUAGAAUAUGUCUAGUUAAAAUCAGGCUUCUUAUUUAUAAAUGUUACAUUUACUUAUACUUUUAACACAAGAAAAUAUUGUGGAUGUUGACUUCCCUGGGCUCACUGUGGGUUUAACUUUCACCUUUAAUCAUGGCUGGAGCACUCUGAUCUUGUGUAGUUUAUGGGGUUUUCAGUAUCUAGUAUUCCAAUAAAGUGAUCCUGGUAGCAAAGCAGGAUUAAGUUUGGAUUUCUGCUCCUAAGUUAUCUAAAAUGCCUCCACCAGUGUUCACAAUACAUUCACAUGCUAAAAGUUCAGGCUGGCAGGCUCUUGUUUCAGUGAUUUCAGUGGAUAAUAGGAAGGCCAAAGUCUUUCCUCGGUAGUAGAUGUAGGUGGCUUAUCUUGAAAAUGCAAUCUCUCCACUUCAGUCAAGGGAAGCUUGCACUGUGUAUUCUGAAAACACACUGAAGAAUCUGAGAAAAAAAUCGUUAUGCAUGUUGCAUAUUUAACUUCAUUAGUUAGCAUUUCUGAGUUUUCUGGUGACACUAAUAUAAAAGUGCUACUCGAGUAUUGCUUCAGUCAAAGCACCACUGCCAGAAAAGGGACAGCAUCACCUUUUAAACAUUGUACUAAAAGCACAGAUACAGAUUUUUUUUUCAGCAUGGGUGUGCAAAUGAACAGCUGCAACUGAACUGUGUUGUAAUGUCCAAGAGUUUUCCAGCAGACAUACUGGCAUUAUUAGAGAAUGCUUCUUAAUGCUCUUGUA